GAUUACCACUGAAUUGUGGUUAAGCAUUAACACAUUGAAGUUAACAUUUAGGACAGUUUCAAUUCGAGUCUACUUGACGUAUGAUAUCCGCCAUUAUGACUCAGCCAUGAACAUGUGCAUUUUUUCGGCAACAGACCCAUCCAUGACUGGGUAGCUCUUCAGAGGACACAUGAACAUUUAAUUAUGGAAGCUGGGCAGUUGGCAGAACCCACCAGCACUGAUGAUAUGAUUAACCUGAGUUACCUAUUGGCUGGGGGAAGCUAUGGUGCAUACCAGUUCAGCAAUACUUGUGUUAUAGACUCCAUUUUGGCUGGAAUUCAUGUUCUUGCCAAAAUGUAUCCCCAAAUUCGAGAUUUGUUCACGAGGGAUAACAAAAUCAAUGCGGUUAUACGUUUCCUAGACUUCGCCAAGGUCAAUGAGGCCAAGGCACUGUGGCUUAUUAACUUGAGCCUUCGUAAGGAAAAAAACCUCAUGCAAAAUGAAUUUGUAGAUAUCAGAGGUUAUGUUAGAGACCACUUGUCAAACUUCAUUGAGCUGGUAUGUGCCAGCUUCGACUAUGAUGACUCGCAAUCAAGCUCCACACCAUGUGACACAGUUCUCAACAACAUAUUGAGGAAGUUUGAGGAGUACGGUGAGGUAAAACCCUUAGGCACUUCUCGUCAUGAACCCAAACUCAUCCUGGUAGACAUUGAUGACCGGAUAUGUAUCCUACCUCCCCUCUCCAUCACGGAUGAUUAUGAAAGGACAUACGAGCUCCAGUUCCUGCUGAUGGGACAGAGUACACCCCUGUCCAACCACAUGGUCCUAUUCCUGUCCACUCAGCUGACUGGCAGAUGGAUGAUCUAUGACAACAUGAAAACACCCCUGGUCCAGGACAUUGGUGUGAGUGAACUACAGAGAGCUACAGAGAGGGACAAGUAUGUUUCCUAUCUUGCUGCUUAUGUGAAGAAAGAAUAAUAAUAAGGCUGCUUCGGGAGUCAAGGGCAUCCUCUUUAGAUUUUAGUUCUGUAUUUCCGAGAUCCUGUCCCAACUACAACUAUUAGCAUUAUUUAAAAAAUCCCCAUAAAAUUCUGUCAAUUUAAGAUAGAGAUGUUUUUUUGCAUUGAAUGCAUCUCAAUCCACCGCAUACGCCAAUGUCACUCUUCCGCAUCGGUGGUAAAAGGUGACGGAGCUUAAUUAAGCCAUGUUUGUCAGACCAUGAGACAUCCCGAAAAUCGGUCUUUUCACAAAAUCGUCUGUAGUGUUUGAACAGUUUAGCCUAUAAAACUAUUAUAACCCCUCUUUUGAAAGAUGAGACUCUCGCGAACACAAUGGUAUUUGCCGUUUGGGAUACGUCUGAAGUUGGUACAGCCGAUCUGCCAACAUCUGUCUGUAGUGUCCGAACAGUUUGGAGUACACACUAAUGCUUCUCUGUGGAAAGGUGACAUGCCUCACAAGACUCCUCUGAAGGUGUUCCGGUACCAGUUGAAAAAAUUAGUACAAGUACAAUACCGUUCAAAAGUUUGGGGUCACUUAGACAUUUCCAUGUUUUUGAAAGAAACUUUUUGACCAUUAAAAUAACAUCAGAUUGAUCAGAAAUACAGUGUAGACAUUGUUAAUGUUGUAAAUGACUAUUGUAGCUGGAAACUGCAGAUUGUUUUUUAAUGGAAUAUCUACAUAGGCGUAAAGAGGCCCAUUAUCAGCAACCAUUACUCCUGUGUUCCAAUGGCGCGUUGUUAGCUAAUCCAAGUUUAUCAUUUUAAAAGGCUAAUUGAUCAUUAGAAAACCCUUUUGCAAUUAUGUUAGCAAAGCUGAAAACUGUUGUACUGAUUAAAAAAGCAAUAAAACUGGCAUUCUUUAGACUAGCUCAGUGUCUGGAGCAUCAGCAUUUGUGGGUUUGAUUACAGGCUCAAAAUGGCCAGAAACAAAGUACUUUCUUCUGAAAUGCAUCAGUCUAUUCUUGUUCUGAGAAAUUAAGGCUAUUCCAUGCAAGAAAUUGCCAAGAAACUGAAGAUCUCGUACAAUGCUGUGUACUACUCCCUUCACAGAACAGCACAAACUAGCCUCGCUACUUUUAUAGCCUCGCUACUGUAUAUAGCCUGUCUUUUUACUGUUGUUUUAUUUAUUUACUUAACCUAUUGUUCACCUAAUACCUUUUUUGCACUAUUGGUUAGAGUCUGUAAGUAAGCAUUUCACUGUAUGGUCUACACCUGUUGUAUUCGGUGCACAUGACAAAUAAACUUUGAUUUGAUUUGAAACUGUAUAUAACCAGAAUAGAAAGAGUAGGAUGCCCUGGUGCACAGCUGAGCAAGAGGACAAGUACAUUAGAGUGUCUAGUUUGAGAAACAGACGCCUCACAAGUCCUCAACUGGCAGCUUCAUUAAAUCGUACCUUCAAAACACCAGUCUCAACGUCCACAGUGAAGAGGCGAGUACAGGAUGCUGGCCUUCUAGGCAGAGUAUCUCAGACUGGUCAAUAAAAAGAAAAGAUUAAGAUGGGCAGAAGAACACAGACACUGGACAGGGGAACUCUGCCUAGAAGGCCAGCAUCCCGGAGUCGGCUCUUCGCUGUUGACAUUGAGACUGGUGUUUUGGAACACAGGAGUGAUGAUUAUGAGCCUCUGUACGUCUAUGUAGAUAUUCCAUUAAAAUUCAGUCGUUUCCAGCUACAAUAGUCAUUUUCAACAUUAACAAUGUCUACAUUGUAUUUCUGAACAAUUUGAUGUUAUUUUAAUGGACAAAAAAUGUGCUUUUCUUUCAAAAACAAGGACAUUUCUAAGUGAACCCAAACUUUUGAACGGUAAUGGACAUAUAGAGACUGUUUAGUGUCAAAAAUAAGGGGUUAAAUACAUGUAAAAUAAAAAAUAAAAUAAAAAACGUUUUAAUUAAAUACAUUAAUUAAUGUUUCCUGAUCUAUCUUAUAUCUCGCUAAUAUAGGACAGACAUUUCAGAACAAAAUUCAUUUUAUUUUAUUUAUUUAUUUACAACUAUCUGUUGUUCCAUGUAUUGAAUCUGUUACUCAAUGCGUUUGAAAUGGCUAAUAGCAGUAAGGCCCAAACUUGUUUUGUAUCAAAUAUUUUUUACAAUAUUUUUGGGGGAUACUUCAAGGGGUCUUAAAAUUCUACAUCAAAUAGCUAAAUGAUCGUUGGUAUAACCUUCUUAAAACAAUUCCAUGUAGCUUUGUAGAACCCCCUCCCCCAUGACUGUACGUCACUUUGGAUAAAAGCGUCUGCUAAAUGGCGUUUAACUUAUUUUCAUAUUAUUUUUAUAAUGUUACUUAAUGUAAUAAGCUCUUCAGAAUGCUCUUUUUUUUAUGUUGACCACAGUUAUAGCCAGGAAUAACAUACACCAUUGACUAGUGUUAAGUGUUGUCACAGAGAGAGGUCUAAGAAUGCAUUGAUGCUAUGGAACCUUUUAUUCCUGCAACUAUGAACAUUGAUUUUACAAUAAUUGUGGUCCUGUCGCACAGACGAGCUACUAUAACAGGAAGAAACUGAGUAACUGACACUCCAGAUGUUUUUAAAUGUUUGUUCUGUUUGAAUAAGCUUAGCUAUCACUAACAAACAGUAGCUUGUUUCAUAUGGCCAGUAUUAAUAUGUUUACCGUUUAUUAUUGACAGUUUCUUUGCCAGUUCAUUUGAUAUUUCCUUUAUAUAUUCUGUACUACAGUAUAUGGUCACACUGUACAGAGCUGUGAAUGAGUAUGUGAACCCCUGCACUGUUUUCACAUAUUAAAAGGUGAAAUAUUUGUUUGAAUAAAAAAUAAUACGAUA